AUGGGAAAGUCCAAGAAAUGGAGCUGCGGCUCCCAAAUCUUCCCCAGCACCUGGGACCUAGCAAGGCUGAGGGUGUGGGAGCGCCCUGUGGCCUUGGAGGCUGAGCUGGCCCUGACGCUGAAGGUCCUAGAGACUGUGGACAAGUCAGCCCUGGGGACUCUCCUGGACCAGCCCCUUCACACCCUGAGCCACAUCCGCUCGGAACUCCUGGCAUGUACCCCAGCUCAGCCCACAGCAGGGCCCCAGGCCCGGGGCCGCCUCCACCGCUGGCUGCACAGGCUCCAGGAGACCGAGAAGAAGUCCCGAAGCUGCCUGGCAGCUUCAGUCACGUUGAACCUCUUCCGCCUGCUCACACGGGACCUAAAAUGUGUCGCCAGUGGAGACCAGUGUGUCUGA